AUGACUCGAGCGAGGAAGCUUCUAGUUGCCGUUGUGAAUCUGCGUAUCUGGAACCAGCAUUUCUGCACUCAGGCGAAACUGGGCUCCGCCCGCUAUCUCGCGAGCUUCCUCCAGGACGCAGUCGACAAGGGCCAUGUGCUGCAAUGGGUCGGCACCGAGACUGUGGAAAGACUCACCAACGACGCACCCCAACACCGGAAGACAACCAGCGUCUCCAGCGACUCUAGCGUCUCCGGCGUGUCCUACCCUGCUCCGCAGCCCCCAAAGAGGCCCGGUAGCCCCAACCACCCUGCCCCCCCCGGCGCCAAAGAAGGCCCCUGGCUCCUCCCGGCCUACGCGCCAACCGCCACCCAACCCUGCUGGCUCCUCCCAGCCCGCGCCACAGCGGCCCGCAAAUCCCAUCGGCUCUUCCCAGCCAGCGCGCCAGCGACCUCCCUUACCUCAAAAGAGGGACGACGAGUUUGCUCAGAGACGGAGGCAGAUAGAGUUGCGUGA